AUGGAAAUCAUCUUGUCUGAGCUUCCCUCACUUGAUCAGUUCAAGAAUAACAAUACAGCUACACUGUUUAAAUUAGCAAAGGAGAAAAGAAACCAGAAUAAUUUCCUUAAAACAGCUAAAAACGAAGAAACUGGCGUGUCCGAUUUAUCAUCAGCUUGCAUCUCUCCUUGUGAAAUUGUUGUGAAUCAAUCUAUGACAUUGCUCAACUGCAGCUAUAGACAUUUACAAGACAUAGAAGAGUGCUGGUUCCCCUCGAACGCAACUGUUCUGUUGUUAAAUAACAACAAAAUUGAAAUAUUGAACUUUGGAAUGUUUUCAAAUUUAAAUGAACUAAAAAUUCUAAACCUAUCUAACAAUGACAUAUCAAAUAUUACAGAAGAUGCAUUUAUUGGGCUAAAAAACUUGGAGAUAUUAAGCAUGGAAAACAACAGAAUUGUCUUCAACGUUUCAAAUGUAUUUAACCAUUUAAAAACGUUGCAAAAACUUUAUAUCAAGAAUCAAAAUGUCCAAUCGGUAGAUGCAUAUACCAAUAAGAUUAGUUUCCCGCCGUCGCUUGUAUUAUUAACAUGGGAUAUGAAUGAGAGUUCUCUGGGAGAUGAGUUUAUGCAGCUGCACAAUCUUUCUACAUUAAUUUUAUCUGGAACAACCAAUCAUAUAGAACACUCCAGCUUCCAAACGGUCCCUGGUAUUAAAGAAUUAAUUUUAACAGAUUUGCGAAAUUUAACACGUAUCAACCAAAACUGCUUGUGUACAAUAAAACACCUGAACAUACUAGCAAUCAAGCACACGCCAAUAGGCAUACGUUCAGCACUUAAGUUGUUUCACUGUCUAGAAGACAGAAACAUGAGCAUUAUAGCCCUAGAUGAUAUAGCUAUUAAUAAAUAUAGACUGGAUGUAUCAGUAAUUAAUGGCGAAAGUGUACUCAGUAGAAACCUCACCUCAUUUCUAACGAAGGUCUGCGUGCAGGAGGUCACAAUAACCUCCAGCUACUUAAUCUUAGUUUAUGUGAACGCCAUGUACAGCCCCACCUGGGAACAAUGCCUGAAGAAGCUUGACUUGUCCGAAAACCCUGUGAUUGGUCAAAUAUUUUCUAACUUGCAAUUUCUCAGAUUCAGCAACAUACAGUAUGUAGAUGUCUCAGAUACAUUCAAAUCUAAAUUUAGACUAUCGCUGUUUUGGGAAGCCCCGGAAGCUGUCUAUGCUGAGAAGAUGGCUAUUGCUGUACAAGAUACACACGGUUUAAGUAAUAAAAAUUCAUGGAAAUACAUAGAUAUUUUAUCAGCUCAUAAAAUUACGGGAGUAAACUGUAAAAAUGUCUCCAUAGGCUUUGUGUGUGUUAAACUAUCCGCAUCUCUAAAAUUCGUCAAAAUUCGAAGACUGUUUGGCUAUUACAUCAUGCAGUUUGGUAUAUCUUUUCAGGAUGGAUACAAUAUAGAAUACAUUGACAUUUCAGAGUGUGGAUUGUCAAACUUUAAAUACCCCGUGGUUGGCUUGAACUCACUUAAAACUGUUAUCGUCUCUGCAAAUGAUUUGAGCCUAAUCAGAGAAAACUUUUUCGACGAGUUCCCACUUUUGGAAAAAAUAGCAAUGUCAACAUGCAAUCUGCAUAGCGCCUUAAUAUGUUUUAAAGGUAGCCGAUAUUUUCUUAAGUUAACAUAUCUUAAAUUUGUCGACAUAUCAUCAAACAGCCUGAACCUCCUACAACCCGAUACAUUUAAGUUCAACAAGAAUUUAAAAGGCGUCAAUUUGGCUAACAACAGAUUCAUGCACAUCCCACUAGAUGUAUCAUUAACUCCAAACCUCAUGGUACUAGAUAUGUGUGACAAUGUCCUCACAACAAUAAAUAAACCGAUUCGGGAUAAACUUGAUGAUUUGGUCUACAGAAACGGAUACUUUAAACUUAAUCUUGAUGGCAACAUCUUCUCCUGCCAUUGUGAGAACAUCCAGUUCCUGGCCUGGCUACAGAACUCACUCGUGACUUUAGACAACAACAGGAACUACACGUGCAUGGACCAAGACGGGGUGUUGACUCACACGUUGCUCUAUCAGGAUCUCAACACGUUUUGGCGACUAUGUGUUGGAGAGGUUUAUUUCUUUUCGAGUUUGGUUAUAGCCACUACCAUUGGAAUUGGAUUUUUAACGUUUUUUAUAUCAACUAAAAAUUCAAACUAUAUAAUGUCAUACCUUAUGAAAUUAUUUGGCAGUUUCCAGUAUAAAAAACAAUCUGACUACGCAAACGGUGUUUUUAUCGGAUACGCUGACCAAGAUUACAAGUUCACCUGUGACCUGCUCUUGCCUUAUGUUGAAACAACUCUUGGCCUGAAGGCGUUUGUACGUGACCGUGACCUUUUACCUUCGAGUGACGUGGCGCGGGGACUUGUAGAGGCCGUCAACUCCAGCUGGAGAAUUAUCUUGGUAUUCAACGAAAACUUUCUCAGAGCAGACGACUGGAUGUGGUUUACCAUCAGGUGUGCUAUCUACUCCCAGACACCUGCCAACCCGUCUAGAAUCGUCGUCAUGGUCCACAAACAACACCUGCAUCAUUUACCUGACGAGCUGCUCAGUGCUGUGUUGGACGAGAACGUCAUCGUGGUCUCCAGAUGGGAGUUGGGUUACACCAUUAGGCAUCAACUUCGUACUCUUUUAAAGCAACAGUAUUAA